GAACAUGUUAUCCUGCAGCAGCGAAUCUCCACGUUUAAAAAAAAAAAAAAAUUUCUGACCUGCCAUUGACGAAGACGAUCUCACUCACACUUCACUCUUGACUUGCAGCACUCUUCAUCUUCUUGGCCUCUGGGUUUUCUUUCUUCUCUGUGCAGCAUACUUCAUUUAUGGGUAAAACUAUUCAGGUUUAUGGAUUUCCCUGUAAAGUUACGGCAGAAGAAGUCAAGAGAUUUCUGGAGUCACUUACCGGUGAAGGAACUGUUUAUGCUAUUAAGGUUAGGAAAGCAAAAAAUGGUGGUCCUAGAGCAUAUGCCAUUGUCCAAUUCACAACUAAUAUCAAAGCUGAUUAUAUAAUUUCUCUGGCUAGACCAAAACAAAGCCUAUGGUAUGAAAGUUCAUAUCUCAAUGCUCGGCCAAUGGAGCAUGAUAUUGUGCCAAAGCCAAGAACCUAUAAGCAUACCAUGGAAAAAAUAAUGCUGCAUUUUGGCUGUCAGAUAUCAAAUGAAACGUUUGCUGUUCUCUGGAGAGGGGUGGAUGUUUCCGUGAAUUUUGGCAUUGGAAUGCGAAAAUUAAAUUUUUAUUUGUCUUAUCGGCAAGUAAAAUACUGGCUUGAGCUCGCUUAUGAAAAUAUUUGGCAGAUUGAACUCCAUCGCCCACGCAAUCAAAGAGCAAAGUAUCUUCUGAUUCAGCUACUUGGUGCUCCUCGGAUUUUUGAGAAAGAAACACGCUCUUCAUAUGAUAAAUUUGACGACCCUUUACUUAACUUCUUUAAAGAUGAGCCUGAUGAUAAAUGGAUCAGAGCAACAGACUUCACCCCCUCAAGCUGUAUUGGACAGUCUACUGGAUUAUGUUUAGAGCUUCCUUACAGGCUUGAACUUCCAAACUUUCGUGAAAAUUUUGGUUAUUAUAAAGAAAGUGAUGGCAGGUUUGAUUUGAAAAUGGGUUCUUCUUAUUCUUGCAAUCAGAGUUUGGUUCCAAUCGUUGGUCCUCCCUUCGGAAUUUACUUGCCAUAUGAGAUCUUGUUUAAGAUCAAUUUGCUGGUACAAAAUGGGUGUCUUCCCGGGCUUGCAUUGGAUUCUGAUUUUUAUCGGUUGGUUGAUCCAAGUAGAAUUGACAUGGCCUGUAUAGAACAUUCUCUUGAUAAACUUUAUCAGAUAAAAGAAUGUUGCUAUGAUCCUUCAAGGUGGCUCAGUGAACAGUAUCAGAAAUACCUCACAACCAGGAAUAGGCCACAAUCACCUGCCAUAACCUUGGAUGGAGGUUUGGUAUAUGUACACAGAAUCCAAGUAACACCUUGCAAAAUUUAUUUUUGUGGUCCUGAGGUUAAUGUCUCAAAUCGUGUCCUUCGCAACUAUAGAGAUCAUAUUGACAAUUUUCUUCGUAUUUCAUUCAUUGAUGAGGAUUUGGAUAAAAUUCAUUCAAUAGCUGUAGCGCCACGUUCAUCUUCCGCAGAUGAGCGUAGGAGAACUGGAAUUUACUCAAGGAUCCUUUCGACCCUAAAAGAUGGUGUAGUGAUUGAUGAUAAAAAAUUUGAAUUUCUUGCCUUUUCAUCUAGUCAAUUGCGAGAAAACUCUGCUUGGAUGUUUGCCUCUACAGAUGGGUUAACUGCUGCCCAUAUAAGGGAGUGGAUGGGGAAUUUUCGAAAGAUAAGGAAUGUGGCAAAGUAUGCAGCCAGAUUAGGUCAAUCCUUUAGUUCAUCAACUGAAACUCUUAGUGUUCAUGCGGAUGAAAUUGAGGUCAUUCGUGAUGUAGAGGUUAUGUCAGGUGGAACUAAAUAUGUUUUUUCUGAUGGUAUCGGAAAAAUUUCUGCUAAUUUUGCCAGUAGAGUGGCCCAAAAAUGUGGUAUUAAAGAUCGUACUCCAUCUGCCUUUCAGAUUCGAUUUGGUGGAUACAAAGGUGUUGUGGCCGUUGACCCAACUUCAACAAAAAAAUUAUCAUUGAGGAGAAGUAUGCGCAAGUAUGAUUCAGAAAUCAUGAAGCUGGAUGUUUUGGCAUGGACCAAAUAUCAGCCUUGUUUUCUCAACCGACAGCUGAUUACUCUUCUCUCUACCCUUGGUGUUAGGGAUCAAAUUUUUGAGAAGAAACAAAGAGAAGCUGUAGAUCAAUUGAAUGCCAUCUUAACAGAUUCUCCGCGAGCACAAGAGGCUCUGGAGUUGAUGUCCCCUGGAGAAAAUACUAACAUUCUCAAGGAAAUGCUCUUGUGUGGUUAUGAGCCAAAUGCUGAACCAUUCCUUUCUAUGAUGCUGCGAACAUUCCGGGCAUCAAAGUUGCUGGAAUUGCGGACCAAAACAAGGAUAUUUGUUCAACGUGGAAGAUCUAUGAUGGGAUGUCUAGAUGAAACCAGAACCUUGGAUUAUGGGCAGGUUUUUGUGCAAUUUUCUAAAGCUGCAUCUCAACGGUGUUAUGUUAUUGAAGGAGAGGUUGUUGUUGCGAAAAACCCUUGCUUGCACCCAGGCGAUGUUCGUGUUUUAAGGGCAGUGAAUGUGCCAGCUUUGUACCAUAUGGUGGAUUGUGUCGUAUUCCCACAGAAAGGAACGAGACCUCACACAAAUGAAUGUUCCGGAAGUGAUUUGGAUGGAGAUAUCUACUUUGUCUGUUGGGAUCCUGAAUUGAUUCCGCCACUGCAAAUAUCUCCUAUGGAUUAUACUCCGGAACCAAGUAUGGAGUUAGAUCAUGAUGUUACAAUCGAGGAAGUUCAGGAGUAUUUUGCCAAUUACAUGGUGAAUGACAGUUUGGGAAUUAUUGCCAACGCUCACACUGCCUUUGCAGAUAGGAAGCCUGGCAAAGCAAUGAGUGAGCCAUGCUUAGAACUAGCAAAAAAAUUCUCUAUUGCAGUUGACUUUCCAAAAACUGGUAUUCCUGCUGAAAUACCACCUCAUUUGCAUGUCAAAGAAUAUCCAGAUUUCAUGGAAAAACUAGACAAACCUACCUACGAGUCAAAAAAUGUGAUAGGAAAGCUUUUCCGAGAGGUUAGGGACAUAGCACCAGAUACAAGCUCUAUCGAGUCUUUCACUGAGGAAGUAGCGAGAAGGUCUUAUGACCAUGACAUGGAAGUUGAUGGAUUUGAGGAUCACAUUGAAGAUGCUUUCUAUUAUAAAAGCAAUUAUGAUUACAAACUAGGGAAUCUUAUGGAUUACUAUGGCAUCAGAACUGAAGCUGAAAUUCUCAGUGGUGGUAUCCUUAAAAUGUCCAAAUCCUUCACAAAGAGAAGAGAUGCAGAAGCAAUUGGUAUGGCCGUUAGGGCCUUGAGGAAAGAAGCUAGAAACUGGUUCAAUGAGAAGGGGAGUGGGUCUGAAUUUAAAGAUGAUGUGUAUGCAAAAGCAUCUGCUUGGUACCAUGUCACAUAUCAUCCAAACUAUUGGGGCAGCUAUAACGAAGGCCUGAAUCGCCAACAUUUUCUUAGCUUUCCAUGGUGCAUUUAUGACAAGCUGAUGGAGAUCAAGACGGAAAAAAUAAGUCUGAGAAAUGCUCAAAAUCUUCCAUCUCUCCAGCACUUGCUCAGUCAUGGAUUGCAUUUGCGUUGAGAAAUUAUGCUUGACUUGAUCUCUUUUACAAUGCCUAUAAUUAUACUUUGUAUCCUGUAUAUGCGUUUCUGUAUUAUUAUUGUAAAUGCUCGAUAAUCAGGAUUGAAACUUAAAGUGGAUAUGGACUGCCAGUUGAUAGAGCUACAAUAUAAUAUAGCAAGUUGAAGGAAUUUAGUUGAUCUUCA